AUGCUAGCAAUCAACUUCUUGGAAAGAGAAAGAUACAAGACUUGGUUUCACAGGUAUUUUGCUGACCUUUGUUCAUUGGUUUCGUCCUUAGCCUGGUUUCUAUCGUAUUGUAUUUUUUUGAUUCUAAUAACUGUCACAUGUUCUUCAUUUUCUAAAACUUGUCUAGUAUUUUUUGGGGAUAUCUAGAAGGAUGAUAUCUAACUGACUGGCUGACCUAAUCAGUGUUGUGUCUAAAUCAUGGAAAACAAAGGUCGAGGAUGCAGUUUGGAAAGGACACUGGUUGGGCAUUCCAUCUUUUUCAAAGAGCUACAAUUAACAGCAGAGAAAACUCAAACGGUAUUAAACGCAAAGUUAGAGAGGAAAACGUAUAUUUGGAUGAAGAAACUUCCCUGUUUCUAUUUUUUUGAUAGUGGAAAGUGCCACAUAUUCAUUAAAUGCAAAGCAGAAAUGAGGGGUAUGCUUAAAAUCAGCUCUUGUGGAAUCUACUAUACCAUAGAACUGUAUACAAUGUUAGGUAUGUAUCCAAGAUACCAAAAAUAUAUAACUAUAACCUUCUUACAGGUGUCUUCCAGUCCUUGACUUCAGACAAACACAAAUUCUUACGUAUUUAGAUGAGAAAAUGGAGAGUUGAAGAUAGUAACUGAGGCGGUAUGCUGGAGACUAGGAACUUGGACGGUUCAUGAGUCAUGGAAGAAAGCAGAAUCGGACAAUAGUUGAAAUGCUUUCUGGUUCUCGUUGGAUGGAUUUGCCUAGGCCAUCCUUCUACCUUUAGGUAAUUUAUCCUUGUUCGUUGACUACCUUUGCAAUCGAGGAAGGCAUUCCUGGUCUCCUCUAUCUAGCUUGGACAACAAGAGGAAUCCCUCCAGAGAGGCUUGAUUUUGGUUUAGAUGGCAGAUAGGCAAAACUGAAUGUGAUAUUCAGCGACACAUUGGCUUCUUUCAGCUCGCUAGAAGCCUGAGGGGGAGGAUAAAGACAAGGCUGGGAGUGUGCAAAACUAUUGACCCCAAUAAGACCCCAUAAUUGUUUCAAAUCAAAUAUGAUGAUAAAAGUUGAUGGCAGGGAUGAUAAUCACAGUAAUUUAGUUUGUCAAGGUUUUUUCGAUAAGUGUGAUUUUUAAUGGGACUUAUUGAUAAUCCCAUAGAUUUAGUGUCUGCAAUUCCUUUUACUGGGCACCUUUUGAAGGCAUACGAGAAAUGAUUAGAUAAGUAUUACUAUGACUUGUUGACGCGUAAUUUUUGAUUUUUCAGGAGAAUAAUGAGAUAGAUAAUAAUUAUUAUUCCAACUUAUUUGCUAGAUUUUUUUUUCUCUUUUUCUUAUCAGUACCUUCGAAUCUGCUGCAGGUGGAUCCCUUGGCAAAACUGGAUCCUGAAGUCGAAGAUCUGCUCCUUGAAAUAGCUGAUGACUUCAUUGAUUCGGUGAUGUGCACCACAUCUUUUUACUUCUGAGGCAUUAUUAUAUUUAUGUUGGAAACGUUUAAGUCAUGAAAUAUAGUUACUUUAUAUAUUUUUUUAAUCCUCGCGUGAUAGACUUUGUGUUCGCUAGAACUAGGACGACGUCAAGGUGUCUAAUGCCUUCCUUCAGGGAGACAUGGUUCUGUUGCAUUUUCUUUAUUUUUGGGAAAAUUUAUAGUUCACACCAUUGUUUGAAGAAAAAAUUAAAAAACGAGCAGGGAUUCAAAGGGGGAGACUGCAAUCAUUCCUUUUAUAAAUGUAAAUAGAAAAAAAGAGGGUGUGGAUAAGAGAAGUGGAUCAUAAAGUCUUUUAACAAUGCCAAAUAGCAUAUCUAAUUUUAUGUAAUCUGUCCAUACUGAAACAUGAGGUUUGCAUUAUUCGAAUCUUUUCCCAAGUUGAUCAUGUUAGAUCCCAAUCCGCAGUAGAAUUAAGUAAACUAAUUCAAAGGAGUUGAUCAUUUGGAUCCAGAAAAUGGAAGUGAUGUUUUAGAGUUUCGAGAUUGCAUUUACUAUUGUUUUCUAAUCACUUUUACUAAUUUAUUUUUGGAUCCCACUCCCAGUUCUUGUUUGAUAUUGAUAUGAAAAGAAUUUGAGUGUGAAUGUGCAUAGAGCUACCCUCUUGAACCUUCCAUGCGACCGUUAGAAGGUUAUUUAUAGGUAUAUUUUCGGUGAUUAUUCGUUUUUAAAUUAUAUUGCCUUGAACGUAUGAAAUCGACUGCAGCGGUUCACAUGAUUGUUUCAAACCCCGCUGCAUUCUUUUGUCUGACAAAAGCCAGACUCCACAUGGCAAUUUCUUUCAUGAACUACGAAUAUUUAGGAACGUACUUUUUUAAUUUUAAACUUGCGUCUAAAAUUUCAUAUCACUAACUGACGUUUGAGGUACAAUUCGGAUUGGUCUUGGCGAUGUAUCAAAGACUUUGAACGAGAGGCAAGGAAGGAAAAAAUACCUAAGAAAAAAUGGAUUCAAUUUGGAGAAAAAACAAAAAGCUCAGAUUAGACUGAACUUGAGAAAAUGUCCGAGUUCAACCACAGAUCCAUGUCUGGUCGGUCUGGACUGAACUGAAAAUGGUCUCUGGAUUGGGCUGUUAGAGUGCCUGAGAACAGUAGUAGUGCUCGUAGCUGAAUGGAAUCAGUUGAGGAGGCGUGCCUCCAUUAGAGGGAUUGGCACGAAUCUAUUAUGGACGUCCUUCAAGGCUCAUCUCGGAGCCUUGAAGUAUGGAGAAGAUUGGAGUCGUUCAUAUGCUUGGUAGUUGGUGGAUCGCUUAUCUCGUUGAGACUGACUGCCGAGUAUGGAGCUUUGGGAGGAGGUUCUUCUUAUCCUAGAUUCGAUGCAUGUUUCAUGAAGAAUAGCUACGAGUGUAGGUGGAGGAUUUGCAAUUUGAUCUGGACUUGCUUGUGAGGAACGCCACUAUAAUCGGUCUCAUUGACUCUCAGGAUCAGUGAAGAUGUUUGACUUGAUUCAUGAUUAGCAAAGCAUGCUCUCUAAAAACUUGAGAGCAUGUAUUAUUGUAUACUACAUUAUACCUCCAUGAAUCAUAGGUCGCAUGAAAUCGGACCCCACUAAAACAAGAAAAAUAAUCAGAAUAUUUCUGUUUUUACGAGUUAUAAAUUAUUUUCCUCCCGGACAAAUUUGCCUCACGCUGACUCCUCUAUGGGACUUAAAUAUUUCCAGGUCACUUCAUUCGCCUGCAGCCUGGCGAAGCACAGGAAAUCCUCGACUCUGGAGUCUAAAGAUUUGUUGCUUCAUCUAGGUCCGCCUCUCUUCUGUGGCAGAUUUUGGCUAAUCAUCUUCCUCUCCAUAUAAUCCGUAACUUGCAGGCCUCUGAUAUUCAUUCUUCUUCAUUUAUCUUUCUUGCAGAGAAGAACUGGAAGCUGAAAAUCCCAGGUUUUACAAAUGAGGAUCACAAGUACCAAAGAAAAUUGGUAAUAACUCAAACCCUCUCUCUAUCUCUAUAUCUCUAUGUAUUUCUCUCUCUCUGUGUCUGUCGGCCAUGUUUUUCCUCUACACCUUGGCUUGGAGAAGCAACCUGGGUCCUCAAUCAAUGUAGUGGCCAUGUGCCAUGCACACGAGGAUGAGGAACAUUUAUUCUCCUGCAUAUCUAAUGCAGUGAAGACGGGAUCUUUCUCUACUGCCUUGGAUUUUCCACCAGCGCUUCAAAACCUGUCGAGAUUGCUCGUAUUAAGCCGGCCUGCAAUGAAAUCGCUCACUCCACUGAAAUCCUUUCAGAAGAAUUGAGGGUGGGGGGUCCAGCCUCGGAUUCUUCCCCAUCUCAUUUAUUUGAUCGAGCAUGUUAGUUCCUGGAAAAUGUUAUAAUUGCGUAGGCCGACCGACGUUGGGACGCUCCACUCCCAUCUCACCAGAUUCAUAUGAACUGACGGGCCUUUCCAUCCAUAAAUGUGACGCAGGACGAGUGCAGAACCAUCUCCAAGGUCUUCUGA